GAAGUUAGUUUCUAGAAUAUUUGAAGUGGGAUAUAUGCAGUUGAAAAGAUGUAAAGUUGACGUAACAGGCUGGUUUAGUAUUCAGGAGAUCACAACAGGGGAAACGUGAGGUCUGGUCGUAUUCUACAGUUCAUUACACACCAGACAGUGUGACAUGUUACGACUCUGAGUAACGGAGGCUUUCUACAAUAAAGCAUCAGUAUGUUUACAGGAUUUAAAUGAUGUUAUAGGUGUGCUGUAACAAUAUUUUUGAUUGCUCUUGAGGGGGUGUUGAUAAGUUUAAAAGUGAAGAUCAAGGCUUCGCGCUCUUGAUACGCUGGCGAAGUGAUGAGGUGUAAUUGUUUAUAGCUGGUGAAUAUUAGCAAACUAAAUCUACCAGAAGACCUACUGGAAUUAAAUUACACAUUGGAACACCGGCGUAUUGGAUUCCUUAACGAAGAUUGAACUUUUUCUGGUUUACGCGAAAGACGACGCAGGACUGCCAGGCGGACAGACGACAGUGCUGGGGGAAGGGCGGGGCUUUGAAAGGCAGGCCCUGAUGAGUUGGUUUGCCGGUCGCUGGGUAACGUUAUGGAUUUGACUAAAAUGGGCAUGAUCCAGCUGCAGAACCCCGGGCAGCCCGCGGCGCUCCUGCAGAAGGCCAACCAGAUGCGGCUGGCGGGGACGCUCUGCGACGUGGUCAUCCUGGUGGACGGCCAUGAGUUCCGGGCCCACCGGACCGUGCUGGCCUGCACCAGCAAGAUGUUCGAGAUCCUGUUCCACCGCAACAGCCAGCACUACACCCUGGACUUCCUCUCGCCAAAGACCUUCCAGCAGAUCCUGGAGUACGCCUACACGGCCACCCUCCAGGCCCGCGUGGAGGACCUGGACGACCUGCUGUACGCGGCCGAGAUCCUGGAGAUCGAGUACCUGGAGGAGCAGUGCCUGAAGAUCCUGGAGACCAUCCAGGCCUCCUCCGAAGACAACGAGGGCGAGGCCAACGCGCACGAGCGGGACGGCGGGGGGGCGGAGGAGGACGGCGGCGAGCGCCGCGCGAGGAUAGGGAGGUGCGCCUUGCUCCCCAAGAAGCAUUCCGCGGAGGAGGAGGGGGGCGGCGGGUACGGGUACGGAGACGCGGCCCAGCGGAGCCUGGCUCUGGCCGGCAUGGUGGAGCAGAGCCCGUCCGUCUCCACGUCCUUCGGCGUCGCGGCCGGCAGCCCCACCAAAGCGGCCGUGGACAGCCUGAUGAGCAUGGGGCACUCCCUCCUGCAGGGCGCGUCCCGGCACGACGCCCGGGCCAGCCCCCGCCCCCCCUCGGGGAAGAUCAAGACGGAGGCCAUGCAGGUGGACGAGGCGUCGGGGCGGGACGGGACCCCGGGGGGCGGGGAGAAGAACGGGGAGGCGGAGCGGGGCAGGGACGACCCCGGCACCCCCACGCGCGGCAGCGUCAUCACCAGCGCCCGCGGGCUGCACUACGCGCGGGAGGACGGCGGGCCCGACCCGCAGGGCGACGGGGGUCCCGCAGGGGAAGGCGUGACGGGCGGCCUGGUGGAGAAGCACCCUCCGUCCCUGUUCACCAUGACCCCGAACCACAAGGGCAACCCCCUGCUGUCCAUGCCCCCCUCCAUGGGGCCCCCCCUGCACAUGCCCCCCGGCCUGGCCAUGUCCAUGGACUUCGGCUCCUACGGGGCCCUCCUGCCCCAGUCCUUCAUCCAGAGGGAGUUCUUCAGCAAGCUCGGGGAGUUCACCGCCGUGGUCAAGCCGGCCAGCAGGAGCCCCGAUGAGCGCUGUGGGGUGUGUGGAGCAGACCUGCCUGACAGCGACGCCGUGGAGCAGCACAGGAAGCUGCACAGCGGGAUGAAAACCUAUGGGUGCGAGCUGUGUGGGAAACGCUUCCUGGACAGCUUACGUCUCCGGAUGCACUUGCUAUCUCACUCAGCUGGAGCGAAACCCUUCGUAUGCGAUCAGUGUGGGGCCCAGUUCUCCAAAGAAGACGCCCUGGAGACGCACAGGCAGACACACACAGGUUCUGACAUGGCCGUGUUCUGCCUGCUGUGUGGGAAGCGGUUCCAGACGCAGACGGCCCUGCAGCAGCACAUGGAGGUCCACGCCGGCGUGCGCAGCUACAUCUGCAGCGAGUGCAACCGCACCUUCCCCAGCCACACCGCCCUCAAGCGCCACCUCCGCUCCCACACGGGUGACCACCCGUUCGAGUGCGAGUUCUGCGGGAGCUGCUUCCGCGACGAGAGCACGCUGAAGGGCCACAAGCGCAUCCACACCGGGGAGAAGCCCUACGAGUGCAACGGCUGCGGCAAGAAGUUCAGCCUCAAGCACCAGCUGGAGACGCACUACCGCGUGCACACAGGUGAGAAGCCCUUCGAGUGCAAGCUGUGCCACCAGCGGUCGCGGGACUACUCGGCCAUGAUCAAGCACCUGCGCACCCACAACGGGGCCUCGCCCUACCAGUGCACCAUCUGCCUGGAGUACUGCCCCAGCCUGUCGGCCAUGCAGAAGCACAUGAAGGGCCACAAGCCCGAGGACGUCCCCGCCGACUGGAGGAUAGAGAAGACCUACCUGUACCUGUGCUACGUGUAGAGCGGGCCCCGCCUGUACCCGCGCCUGUCAGUGUACGUGUACCCCCCCUGUCCCCUCCCCUCGUGCUGCGACAGAACAGACCCGCCCUCAGACCCCAAGGGGAAAAUGUACGUACAUG